AUGUCGUUGAGCACAGUCGGCUUCUGGGCUCUUGAAUACGAUAAGCGAUGGAUCUGCAAGAUGAUCAUCCAGCCCACUGGCAUCCACAAGGCUGAAAGGGCGAAAUUCGGGGUACAGAGUUAA